AUGGCCUCAUUUUUGCGUAAUUGUUGGCCUUGCCCGUUGGCUGAUUCAAUAGAUUUUGUUUUCAGAUGGAAGUUGGGGGACAAACUUGCUCUGGAACUUUAUCAAGCAUUUCUUAGAGAACCAGCAGAACGCAAUUUAUACGCUGACAGAUAUCAUAUAUUUUUUCCUUGGAUGAUUGAAGUAAUUGAUGAUAAAAAAAAUAGAGGACGAAAUGAAUGGGUAGCCGUUUUAGUCAAAUUAAUUGAAUUGGAUUUAAAUAAAUUAUUGCCUAACUUUAUGAGAGGAAAAUUGCACAGUGAAAUAGGAAAUCUUUUUAAUUAUGCUUGUAAAAAUAGAAAUUUUGAUGUUGCGGAAAAAGUUUGGGAUUAUUGUAAAAUUACUGGACUGUCGCAUAGAUUUAGUGUCAAUUCUUUAUUUUUAUUUACACUUUAUCAUUGGACGAAUGGAAGAAGAAUGACAGCAAAAACAAUUGCGAGUGUUUUACAAUCAAGAAUUAGAUUUCUUCGAGAUGUUUCUAAUAAUAAAUUUAGCGAAGGUUGAUUAAUUCAAAAAAAAUAAAAAUUGUUUUUUAGAUAAAACAAUGGAAGAAAUGAAGGACUGGAAGAAUAUUCGUGAUCGCUUUUUAGAAAUUAAUAGAAGUUACAAGGAUAUUAUGGAAAAUCCACAAACGAAAGAAAGAACGAGGAAGGUAUGUAGUCGAGUUUUGAAUGGAUUUGUAAAUGAUUUUAUAGACGACAAAAGUAGAAAGUGAAUUAAAAAUUGUUAUUG